GCACGCGCGCGCGCGCGCACGCUCAGAGCAUCGUUAAUGUAAAAACGUGCCAGUCGUCUCGUGUGUCUCAGGCGUCCUCCCACAUGUCCACUCACUUUUCGGGUGAUCAGUGCGCCCCUCCUCUCCAUCCCCGCCGACGUAAUUGUGGGUGUACAGAAGAAGUGGAACUUCAUCUUCUGAUCUUCUUGUAAGGAUCGCAGUCGCCCACUCGGAGGAGGAAAAAGAGAGGCGUAGGGAGGAGAAGCAGUCUUUCAACUCGAGGAGCAGAAAGGAGAAAAGAGGACGCGCUCGUCGCCACUGCUUCAUAUGGACUCUGGACAUAUCGUGGUCUUCAUACUGGAAUUUUAAGGAUCUCGAAUCCCUUUUGGAUUUAAUAAACGUUUUAUUAACAAACAAAAAAAGAGGGAAGAUGCUUCUGGAUAUAAAACAUAUUCUGUGGUUACUCUGCCUUUGCUGCACAUCGCUUGGACUGGUUUCAGGCACAAUAUUAGUGGCGCCGCCAGUCAGUGGAUCUCUUUCGGGAAAGGUAGUGCUCCCAUGCCACUUCUCCAUCCUCCCUACAGCAAGCCCCAGCAAUGCUACAACCACUGGAACAGACCAUCUGCGCAUUAAAUGGACCAAGAUAGAUGGUGAUUCAGAGUUCACAGUAAUCGUUGCUCAAUUUGGUGUCACGAAAGUUGGGCCAAGCUACAAAGGUCGCGUAUCUGUGCCGAGUCAUCCACAGAAUAUUGGGGACGCCUCAUUGACUGUUGUGAAAUUGCGGGCUAGUGAUGCCGGAACUUACCGCUGUGAGGUUAUGUAUGGCAUUGAAGACACUCAAGACAUGGUCAACCUGGAUGUCAGUGGUGUUGUUUUUCAUUAUCGGCCUAAGAGCGAUAGAUACACUUUGACUUACGAAAAAGCUGUAGAGACGUGUGAAAAUGUCGGGGCUACCAUCGCCACAGCAGAGCAGCUAAAAGCGGCUUAUGAGGAUGGGUUUGAUCAGUGUGAUGCAGGAUGGAUAGCAGAUCAAACAGUGAGAUACCCCAUCACUAACCCAAGGCCUGGCUGCUCUGGGAACCUGCCUGGAAAACCUGGUGUCAGGUCAUAUGGCAAUCGAAUGCCCAAUGAGAUGUAUGAUGUGUACUGUUAUGCAGAUAAGCUUAAGGGUGAUGUAUUCUUUACAACUGAAUCAAAUAAGAUGACAUUUGAGGAAGCAAAGUCCGAGUGUGAGAGAAAUAAUGCCGUCUUGGCCUCACCUGGUCAGCUCCAUUCUGCCUGGAGGAAUGGUCUGGACCGCUGUGACUAUGGCUGGCUGUCUGAUGGAAGUGCUCGUCACCCUGUCUCCAUAGCCAGAACUCAAUGUGGUGGAGGUUUGCUUGGAGUUCGCACUAUGUACCAGUUCCGCAACCAGACAGGCUUUCCGGACCCCACCAUGAAACUGGGAGCCUACUGCUACAUAGGUUAUGAACACACAACUUGGGUGGAUGUUAAAUUUGAUGUCGUCAGCACAACAUCACCCUCUCUAGCCUCUUCAACCACAGCCCAGACUGCUUUCUCUGAGUCCUUCCUGGAGCCAAAGAAAUCCAUUUACUCACAGACCACCAUAGAUGACUCUGAGAACCAGCCCCCAACAGAUUCUCCUUUCAUGUUUUCCACCAGCAUGGCCCCAUCAAGCAGCUCUGACUCAACAAGUAGCCAACAUUUAACAGAGGAUUUAGAAGUCGAUGACUCAGUAACCUCUCCUGUAGACAAGAAUAUGUUACAAACUCAAGAUUUUGAAAUAUCAACAACAGCUGGUCCUUCUGUCCCUAAAAUUCCAUUGGACAAAUUAGAAGUUAAUGAAGUAAUUGAAAUAGGUACAAAUCCACCUGAUGUUUUAUUCUCAGCCGCUCGCAGCACAGAGCCAAUGUUUGCACUGGGGAAAACAGAGGAAUCUAUUCUGGAAAAGGAUAAAAUAGAUACACCUUCUAUACUAAUAGUGGAACCCGCAACCUUAAUCAGCAUUCCCGUUAAACAGUCUAGUACCACAAAAGAUGACUCAAUUAUGCCUAGCAUCACUACCGUAACUGAGACGAGCCCUACAGAGGAAACUCAAUCAACUCAAGGCUCUGAAUUUGUCAUGGCUGAACCUCCAUCCAUACAAACAACUGCCACAGAUGGACUUUCCAUGGCAGUUAGUACUGAUGCAAGUUUAACAUUCACGACUUAUACAGUACAACAAUCUACAACACAUUUUGAUGAUACCACACCGGAGUCAUCCAAAUCAUCCAUACCGAUGAAGCUAGCAACUACUGUGCUCAAUGAAAUCCUAACUGAUUCAGUUAUAUCAACCAAAUCAGUUUCGGGUACCCCAAAACCCACAGUUGAAGGUGUGACAAACAUCAAGGACACAGAACACAUCUCAUCGACACAUUCUCCUGAAAGAAGCACCAAAAAUUGUACUGAUCUGUCGUCUGUCCAUGUGAUCAUCAUUACCGUUCAGCAAAAUGAAUCAGCUGAGCUGGCCCCUCUGAUACCCCAGUCUCCUAUUAUUCCUGAGGUUCCCGAUGAGCGAAUUCCCUCCCCUGUGGAUGGUGAGCCUAUAUGGGAUAGCAAAGAAUCUACCUCUGACUUCCCUCCUGUGACUACCAGCAGUGUAGAACUCAGUUUCGUAAAUGGCAAACAAGAGGUGAGCAUUGAGCCUGAGAAGUCUUAUGCAGAGAAAGAGGCAAGAGGAGAUGUGUUUGAAAGUGUGUCCUCUACACUUCAAAACCUCACACAAACAGAAGAAAAAAUAGAGACAGUGUCCAGUUUUGAUUACUCAUUAGUAGACAAUGGUGCAACACAACAUGUGCCACUUGAGUCAAACCAAGAUAUUACCCAGCCAAUGCCCAUUUUCCUCAGCACAAUGGAGCCAACUUAUCUUCAAGACAAAGAUCAAAACCUUGUAGAGUCCAUUCCUCCGACAUCUCUAAUCCAAGAUCCUGAAGAAGAGGUUCUCAUGGAGGAGGGAAUAAUACCAUAUACAGGCUUUACAGAUGAAAGAAGCUUCUCACCAAAACCACCUCAGCCAUCUGAACUUCCAGGAAAUGCAACUGCAGCAACUAUUUCAGAUGUUCUACCUUCUAAGCCAGAAGAAACAACUGAGGAAACCUCCCCUCCAUUGGAAGAAGGGUCUGGGCAGGAAAAGGCUACCAUUGAAGUAGUACAAGUGACACAGAAAAGUACAACCUUGCAACCAACAAAAAGUAUACUCUCUGGAAUCAAUGUGUAUGCUUUUACUACAAAGUCUCCUAUUUCUGCCACACACCAGACAGAUAAUAUGUUGACCAGUGACACCACUGAAAAUCAAUCUGUUUCAAAAAGCCCAAUUAUGGUUACAUCUUCCCCAGCCUCAAAAAGCAUUACUUCAACAAAAUCCUCAAUUACAGUUGAAGAGGGAUCAGGUAUUGAAACCCAUGAUUUUAUUAUUACAAUACCUACAUUACAACUUACUUCGACAAAUGAUGCUGAUGCCACAACACCACACAGUGCACCAAUGCCAGAAAACGUGGUGAUCCAAACAGAAGAAACAAUAUUAGCAACGCCAUCGCAUGCUUCCUCAGAAAUAAUAUUUCCCAGACAAGAAGAAGAAGGUUCAGGCGAGAUGUCUGUAUCUACUGAGGAGAAAACAAUUAAAGAUGUGCAAUCUGGUACACAAUCUGUAACUUUUGAAUUUUCUGAAGCUGAUGGCUCUGGAGAUCAGCCGAAUUUGCUGUCGACUACAGAAUUUUCAACAUUUUCCCCUUUGCAUACUACAACCAGUAUUGCCUCUGAAAAAGUCUCCUCAACAGAGAGUUCAACAAUGCAGAGUGAAGCAAAACAGAGUUUUUUUACUACUACCACAAGAACUUUUACAGUUGACCAAUCCAUCUCAAUAGAGUCUAGCUCAGCUGAUAUAGGCACGACACCAGAGAGUGUUAAAUUCAACCAAAGCACAACUGACACAAUGGCUGAAACUAGUUAUUAUAAAACAGAGUCACCUUUCAGUACAGAUUCUAAAGAAUCACAUACUGGUUUAGCUCCAACCCAAAAAAUACCACAGUCAGAGGGUUCUGGCGAAGAAAGUGGAGAGUUUGAAGAUGGCGUUUCUGGUGAUUUCUUUAAUACAGCUGUUGAGUCUAUGCCACCUUCACAGCUAUCAUCUACAAAUGAUGUAUUUACAACAGAUAUACCAAAACACACAACUGUUAUGGAAGUAUCAUCAGAUCUUGCCCACUCAACAAUGACAAGUGCCUUUACUGUUGGUGAAGGUUCUGGGGACCAGAUUGAAGACCACCUUUACACUGUAUCUGUCACCUCACCAACAUCUGUUACAACAUCUGCAGUUAGUGAGAGCUACACCAUAACUAGCAGUUCUGUAAUUGCUGACCAUUUCUCGUCAAGUCCAUCUCACGUUGAGAGUACACGCAAUGCCACAUAUUUAACCUCAAGCACAGAGCCGUCCAUAAUUGAAGAAUCUGCUGACAAUAUAUCAAAAACAACUGAAGCAAGUAAAGAAUAUUCUAUAAGAACUGAGGAAGCAGAAAUUAGCUACGCAAAGAGCACAUUAGAUUACUCAGAUGUCGAAACAUCUACACUUUCCACAAAGUUAACCGCAUCUGCUUCACAAAUUUCUUCAAGCCCAGCACAAACAGAAACAAUGUCUUCUUUUUUGGAGUCUGGUAGUGGUGACACAGAGGACACUACUAUUGAAUCUGAAGGAGUUGAUGAUGAUGGGUCUGGUGAUCUAGUAUCCACUUUUCUUGAGUCAUUUCCACCUUCUGUCACUCCUACACUAGAACAUGUACUGACGACUUCUGUGGCAGGGAUGCCAUUUGAGGGGACACUAGGUUAUGUUGAAGGAUCAGAUACGGCAACAACUGAAGUAAAUACUGAAUUUUCUGUGAAGACAGAGGAGGCUGAAACCAGUGAGAAUAAGACCACACUAGAUCAGCAAAGUGUUCAGACAUCUACUCAGUAUGCAUCAUAUAACCCUGAAUUAACUUCAACAAUGUCUAGCACAAUUCAAAAAGAAGCUAUUUCUAUAUCUUUGUAUGCUGGUAGUGGCGACAUGGAGGAUUCUACAUUGGAAGGCACUGAAGAGGGAAGCACUGAAGAUGAGGGUUCUGGUGCUUUUAUUGAAUCUGCUGCUCCUUCACAAGGUCCAUCAACUGAUAUUACAACAGAAAAACCAGAAACUCUAAUAGACUUUGGUAUUAAAGACCUACCAUUGGUUGUUACCACUUCAACUUUCAAAGAUUCAGUUGCCUUAACAAAUGAAGAUAGUUUAGGCAAACAGCCAACUGUAACGACUCUUCCAGUGAUGCUGGGAACAGGGACAUUGAAAUCUUUUACAGAAGAUGGAGGAUCAGGGGAUGAAAUGCAAGUUACUACCAGUAACGAAUUGCAAAGUGUUACUAUAGAAACAACUAUACAAACAUCCACCCAAAGUGCAGCAAAUGUUCAAUUGCCUCACAAUGUAGAAACUUCUACACAAGAUUCCCCAAACACUAGUUUGCCUACAGAGAGUUCAUAUACUACACUUGUGAAUGAGGUCAGUGUCCAAACCUCACCUGAGUCAGCAGUGACAGGAACAGAUAUACAGACUCCAGUUCUCUCUGUCAUAUACCAAGAUGGUAAAGAUAAAGAAGUCACAACAUCUGGCAGUGAGAUCAUAUCUAGCAAAAUUGCCACAAAGCUUUAUGAUACCCAAUCAAUCACAAGCCCUGUUAUCACAUUCAUAGAUGAAAUAAAAGAUGAUGAUCUUUUCUCAGCAGUUACAGACAGCAUGGGAGACCAUAGCACCAAAACAGAAUUUAUUACUAAAGAUAAUAUAAUCAUUGAUGCAGAUACUGUUCCAGAGUUGGAACCAUCAUCACCAUUUUCUUCCACAAUCAUCACAGAAGAAGCAGCUGGCAUAACAGCUGUCACCAUGACACCACAAUCCUCCAGCAUACUAACAGAAGAAUCAGAAGGCUCUGGGACAGACACUCCUGUGUUACCAUCUUUAGAUCUAAACCUGCCUACUAAAUCAUUCUUGGAAGAGACAACAGCUAAAGACAUAGAUUUAAGUGGCUCAGUAAAGGAAGAGGAAACAGAAACAAAAACAACAUUGUCUGUAAAAAUUCCUGAUGAAAGAUUUACGGCUCAAACCCCAUCCACACCUGCUCAAACAACCCAGUAUACCAACACUGGAACAUCUCAUCCUAGUGACACAACCGCACAUAUUACCUAUAGCACAAAUCAGCCUACAUUUACCACCACUGGUUCUGUCUACACAAGUCAGCAAAGUCACAUCAUCACUAAACCCAUCCAUACAACCACAAGUCAACCUAAAACUAGCUUACAUGUGACCUCUAUCCCAUCACAUACACAUACACUGCCCCAAUCAUCAGAUUCUAUUUUGACAGCUGUUUCAACUGAUGAUUUUUCAGGUGACAGUGUUUCUGUAGAGGACUCAGUAACGAAAACUGUAACAGUAGAUGUUGAUUCUGCUUUACGCGAAGCUGUAUUUGCAACCCCUGGAUAUAAUGCAGAUAAGAGCACAGACUCUAAACAAUCAGGAUUCAUUUCUUUUACCCGAGAAAGUGGCACAGAGGAAGGCUCAGGUCUCACAUCAGAACAUAUAGUGUCAAGUGGAUCAGAUUUCACUGAGACAACAACUGAUGAGGAAACAACAACAAUAAUUGCACGUGAUAGGUUUGAAGAGCAUAGUGUAACUACCGCAGCAACUACCGAUUCAUUAAUUACUAGUACUGUACAGUUCCUCCAGUCAUCCAUAGCACCUCUUGUAGACCUUCCAGCAAAGGAGCAAGUCUCAACUGUAAUUUCUUCAAAGAUGUCAUCUCCAACAACCCAAAGCCCACAGCUAGCAGACACACUUGUCUUGGAAUCAGUAGCAGAUACCACAAAGAUUCCAGGCAUUAUUACCCAUUCAGCCAUUGAUGCAGUGUCAGAUUAUGAGAGCAGCACCAAUCCUCUUGUAGAAAGCAAACCAGAUUUGGUUUAUACUGUUGCCCCUGAAAUAGAGGUUACCGAACCUACAAACAAGGAUCUUGAGAGUAAUACGAGUGCUAGAACUACUACACAAUUUGACAGCACAGUACAACCAUCCACUAAAUUUGGGGCAUAUGAAAUAGUUCAAACACAAACAGAUGAAGUAAAAGAUAACACAACACCAGAGACAAAGAUAUCAAGUCCAUUAUUACCAGAGGAAAGCUCAGGUGAUGUGAUUUCUGAAAUCCUGAUUGAAGAUUCUACAGCUACCACUUUUAUAAUGUUGACAGAUCACACAGAUUUUUCCACCACUCAAGCACGAUCUAAAGAACCUGAUAGUACAACCUACGCACCCCAGAUACUCAAAACAGCAAGUUUCCAACCUGAAGCCGUGUUUGAAGUGGCACUUACAUCCCAGCCUACUAAAGAUACCCCAGCAGCAGAAAAUUUGUUAACAACAACUAUUUCCAUCAUGUCUAUGUCCACAUCAGAAAACGACAAGUAUAUUGAAGAUGAUACAUCUGAAACUCCUUUUGUAGAAUCCAAACCAGAUUGGACUAAUUAUGAGGCUGAAAACGAGACUCCCCUUGAAAGCACUCCAGUAUAUGAGAGUAAGACUGUGUCCACUACAGAGAGCUUUACCAGCAAAGAAGAUGUAGCUGCUGUCGUUGCAUCUGUAGAUAAGGAGGUGUCAAAAGAACAAGACACAGUUGGUCAAGUUGGGGAAUCUUCAAAUGAAAUUCCCCAGAGUACAGACUACACAUCAUCACCUGACGAAAUUCAAACACAUACUGCAAAAACAGCUUCUCUUACAGAUAUGCCAGAUACACCUAGACUCGAUCCAGGAUACACAAUUUUGGAAGAGUCUUUGGAUAUUGGAGGUAACCAGUCAUGCUCUGAUAAUGAAUGUAAGAAUGGUGGAUCAUGUUUACAAAGGGGUAAUGUCCAGAUUUGCAGCUGCCUACCCGGAUACACUGGUGACCAAUGUGAAAUAGAUAUUGAUGAGUGCCAUUCCAACCCUUGUCAUAAUGGUGGUACCUGUGUGGAUGGGAUCAACUGUUUUUCUUGUGUAUGCCUACCAAGCUACAGAGGAUCUGUCUGCGAGGAAGACACAGAAAUAUGCAGUUAUGGGUGGCAUAAGUUUCAAGGCCAUUGCUACAAGUAUUUCCCUCACAGACGCACGUGGGAUGUGGCAGAGCGCGAAUGUCGUCUUGUGGGUGGUCACCUUACCAGUAUUCUGUCCCAUGAAGAACAACAGUUUGUAAAUGGCCUUGGCCAUGACUACCAGUGGAUUGGACUGAACGAUAAGAUGUUUGAAAACGAUUUCCGUUGGUCAGAUGGCAGAUUUUUGCAAUAUGAGAACUGGAGACCCAACCAGCCAGAUAGCUUCUUCUCUAAUGGAGAGGACUGUGUGGUAAUGAUUUGGCAUGAGGAUGGACAGUGGAAUGAUGUCCCUUGUAACUACCACCUCACCUAUAGCUGCAAGAAAGGCACAGUGUCAUGCAGGCAGCCACCUGUGGUGCCAAAUGCUCGCACCUUUGGGCAGAUGCGUCUUCACUAUGAAAUCAACUCACUAGUGAGAUACCAGUGUAUGGACGGCUUCAUCCAGAGGCACCUUCCCACCAUUCGCUGCAAAAGAGAUGGCUCCUGGGAUCUGCCCAAAAUUUCUUGCAUGAAUCCCUCCAAUUUCCAGAGACAAUACAGCCAGAGGUACCGCCCCUUUAGAAAUUAUGGCAGUCAUCGGAAAAGGUCUGCCGAGGAGCCUGCCAGUUCCCCCCAGAAACACCAUCACCAUGCCUUCAAGGACAACAAAACCAAACAAUAGGCCUUCCUACAAUCAUACUGUCUCACUGACUGUGAUUUCUUUUUUAACAACAUGCAAAGGACAUCUGAUUUAAACUAAGAAACGUGUGGAAAUAGAAAAUGGACAAAAAUGGAUAAAAGACAAGCAGCUUGAGUAGAUAUUGGAAUCAACACAGUGCCUUUCCAGUAUUUCACGACUAAACGAAGAGUGUUCUCAAGUGCUUUUCAGUUGGCCACUGAAAAAAAGGACUGUUACUGUUUUUGCUGGAUGACUGACUGAUCUUUGCUAGUCAAUUAUAUGUUAGUAAAUCUGUGUUUUCUUUUUUCAGAUCACAAAAUGCCUUCUUUGAGCAGUAUAUACUAAUGUAACUUUGCAACACAAAGAACUUGAGAAGAUGGUAGAAAGUCAGUAGGAUUUAAUGGACUUUGAGCCACAAAAUAUUCCAGCACAUGUUAUUGGACAUUUUUAUAUGGAUGCUGUAUGUCGAAGCUAUUUCUACAUGGGAUUCCAGAAAUUCUGAAGAACAAGAGCUACUAAUAAGCACAACAUAUGGGAGUUGAGACAAAUCCAAAAGAGUGAAGGAGGAAAAGAAACAACGACAAUCCAAUAAUUGAUGAGUAUUCUGUACAUAAUAGUGCAGAAACUACAGGGAAAGGUGGCGCGAGCUUCGAUAAUUUGUCCAAAAAAGAAUUUGUUAUAAUAAUGCAUCCCAAAGAACAAUUAGGUGCCUAGUUUGAAAAACAAGCGAGAAAUCUGAAACCAUAUUGUGUAUUUGGUCUUCCUGUAUCUACAUCUCGUUUAAUCCCUAAAUUUUCAAAUUCCUAAAUUUUCAUCUGUAACUUUUCAUGUUGUCUUUGGUAAAAUGUCAAACUACUUUUAAGAGAAUGUACUUUGUGAAUUGCUCAACAUGACUUGAACCACAUGCUUAUUUAACAGCGUGCAGGUCAUUUAUUUUCCAAGCUGCUCCUAAUCUUCUCCUGGUUGUAGCUAAUAUACAACACACUGGAUGUAAUAUGACCUGCAUGCACAGAUGCAUUGUUUUAGAGCCCACCAGAUCCAUGAGGUGUCACUUAUAAUUGUUAAGGAUAUUUUCUAUUUAAACAAAGAGAAACAAAAUAAUAUGACAUUUGGGGUGUUUCAAUGGGUCAACAAAGACCAGUAUCUAUCAAAAUCAAACCUUUCUACAUGGAAUGUCUCAAUACAACUCAACAAUCCAUCCAUUUGUUCAUCCCAAGCAUUGUUUUUAUUUUUAUUUUUUAAUGCAUUUUUGUUGUUUUGUCAGUUGUGUUGUAUCCAAAAGUGCACAUAUCAUUUUUUAUAUUUAAAGUAUAACAUUUUUAUUGUAUAAUGUGAAUGUCUGGGUUGUGUGUGGAAAAAAAAAAGACUUGCAAGAAAAGUUACUUUUUAUACUUGCAAUGUGUCACCAAAGAGACAAAGUUUAUUCCUUCCUA